AUGACGAUCAUCUCUGAUCUUUCGUGGGAACUAGUAGAAGAGAUACUCUCUAGGGUUUCGAUAACUUCUCUCACAGCUGUUGGAUCCACUUGCAAACAAUGGAGAACUCCAAUCAAAGAUGAGAGCUUUACAAAGAAGCACCUUGGUAAAGCAACCAAGGAGUGUAUGAUUACAAUGACUAGCGAGUAUUAUUUUCUAAUUGAUAUGUCACAAACGAGAUUCAGUCGCCAUGACAUCAAAGGCUUGUCAUCUGUAAAGGAGAUAGAGGAGAUACUCUCUAGAGUUUCGAUAGCUUCUCUGAAAGCUGUUGGAUCCACUUGCAAACGAUGGAACGCUCUAUCCAAAGACGGGAGCUUUACAAAGAAGCACUGUGGUAAAGCAAUCAAGGAGGAGUAUAUGAUUUCAACGACUCGUGAAUCUUUUAUGUCAACAACAAGAAGAUUCAAUCUACAUAACAUCAAAGACUUUCCAAAGGAGAUAGGUGGAAUGCUUUGUCGAGUCGAUAUAUCUGAAGUAGUCUAUCAGUGCAACGGCUUGUUGUUAUUAGUCACUAAAGAUUCCUCGAGGCUUGUCGUGUGGAAUCCGUAUUUGGGGCAAACCAGAUGGAUUGAAAAUAAUCACCACAAAUCUGGUUCAUAUGCUAUAGGAUACGACAACAAGAACUACCUCGAAGUCUUGUGGUUAUUACUUGAGCUUGACCGAGAAGAGCAGCUUGCGGUGCUUUCUUGUAAGUGUCGGCCGGAUCAUAGCCAGUGCCGGCUUAAGACAUAUGCUGGGGGUGCUAGAGCACCGGUUCAAAGUUUCUUCAUUGAUAAGGAGAAGAAAAUAGCAGUUGUUUGUGGUAUAGAAUGGGUCAAGGAUGACUACGAGGAAAGAACUAUCAUGGUUGGAGAGGAUGGGUACUCGAGAGAAAUGGAUCAGAUAAAAAAUGCGUUCUCUUAUGUUCCAAGUUCCGUGCAGAUCCAGUAA